GGCUUUGGUACCGAAGAACGGAUCUGCUCCGACUUUGCGUGUGAGUGAUGAUUUCAUUAAGAACCGAAACAUUGACGGAAUCCGUAAGAAUUCGUGGGCCCAACAAUCGCCGCCCUUAAUUGUUCUUGGUCAGUGUGAUUCAUCCUCUCCUCAUCCCAACACGAGAGGUCAAGAAGCAUACAAAAAUCCAAUCCAUUCGCCAAUCGCCUGCUGUCUGGGCGAAAUCCCUGGUUUUCCGAUCAUGGGUUUGUCGGAAGCUUUCGUCUUUUCCCAGAAAUUCGCCGUCUUGGUCAAAGUUCAAGGACCUGAUCCAAAGGGAUUGAAGAUGAGAAAACAUGCUUUUCAUCAGUACCACUCUGGCAAUACAACAGUUUCAGCUUCUGGAAUGUUGUUGCCUUGUAAUCUCUACGACACCGAGGUUGCUCGGAGUGUGUUUGAAGGAUGUGUUGCUGGUCAGGACUUGGCUCUGGUUCUGACUGUUGCAUCUGUUGUAGAACCGUUUUUAACUUUAGGACAUAGAACUGGUGUCUCUCAGGGUCCAGUGAAGUUUAUUCCAGGUGCUCGGGUUGAAAUAAUGGUGGAGGAUCGGAUAAAGUCAGAAGAGGAAGCUCCUUCUUGGGUUCCUGCUCAACUCCUCUCCCUGGUUGAUGUCCCUGUAUCUUCAGCUGCACUCCAAUCUCUUAUCGAAGCUUCUCUGGGAUCAAAAGACUCUGGAUGGGAUGUUGGAUGGUCUCUGGUCUCCUAUGAAAAUGGUUCCCAGCCGAUCGAUAUUGAGCCUGAAAGCAAAUUAUUGAUGGAGAGUCAGAGACAUAUGCAACUGGAGGAGCCAUUGGAUGCUCGCUUUAUGGCUAAGUCGGCAUGUAGGAUGGCUCUUCUCGGAGUCCCUUUAAGUUUACUUGGCCAGCCAAACAUAAUGUUGGGCUCGUCAAUUAACAGAGGUGAUGCCCUUGUAGCAGUAGGCUCUCCUUUUGGUAUCCUCUCGCCCAUGCACUUCUUUAACAGUAUUUCAACUGGUUCCGUUGCUAACUGCUGUCCUCCUGGAUCGCUCAAUUCAUCACUUUUGAUAGCUGAUGUUCGGUGUCUUCCUGGAACCGAAGGUGGUCCGGUGUUUGAUAAAAACGGAUGCUUUCUUGGCAUUUUGAUCAGACCUAUCAGACAAAAGAGUAGUGGUGUAGAAAUUCAGCAGCUGGUGAUUCCAUGGGGAGCUAUUGCCACUAGUUACAAGGACUUGCUGCUGGAUGAGCCAUGCAACGAAGGAAGAGGAACCCAGUGGGGAAGUGAAACGUUAAGUGCUAAACCCAAUGCGUUCUUUUAUCACGGUCCCGAGAAAAGCUUUUGUCAAGUUGAUGAGCAUCAUGGUUCUAGCUCUUCUUUAGAACCAAAAGUUGCAGUCGAGAGUGCAAUGAAAUCUAUAUGUCUUAUCACCGUUAAUGAUGGUGUUUGGGCAUCCGGUGUUCUUCUCAAUGAACAUGGUCUUAUACUAACCAAUGCUCAUUUGCUUGAGCCAUGGAGAUUUGGAAAAGGCAUUGUAAAUGGCAGAGGGAAUGAGAAUGGUUCAGACACCCAUCUCUUUGGAGCUGAAGAAUUUUCCUCCACCAGAAAUGGAACUCGGCAUCCGGAGAGUCGCCCUUUGUCCCGAAGAACUCCAAAUAAUCUGUAUUCUUCUGUGGCUGAUGGUAUCAAGGAAUACAAACACAAUCAUCUUCACACUGGCAAUAGAGACAUUCGUGUUCGUGUGGAUCAUCUAGAUUCUUGGGUUUGGUGUCCUGCACAGAUAGUAUAUAUUUGCAAGGAACAAUUGGAUGUUGCCUUACUGCAGCUUGAAUAUGUUCCUGGAAAGCUUCGACCUAUUGUUGCUGAUUCUUCUUGCCCUCCGUUGGGUUCGAGAGCACAUGUUAUUGGACAUGGACUCUUCGGACCAAGAUGUGGACUUUCUCCAUCUGUUAGUUCCGGAGUUGUGGCGAAGGUAGUUAAGGCAAACACGUCACCUUAUCCGGAAUCCAUUAUACAGUAUAAAAAUGAGUUCCCUGCAAUGCUUGAAACAACUGCUGCUGUCCAUCCGGGAGGUAGUGGCGGUGCAGUUGUCAAUUCCCAUGGUCAUAUGAUUGGACUUGUUACCAGCAACGCGAGACAUGGGGCAGGGACAGUUAUACCGCAUCUCAACUUCAGCAUCCCGUCUGCAGUCUUGGCACCGAUCUUCAAGUUUGCUGAAGACAUGCAGGGUUUUACCGUCCUUCAAGUUAUGGAUCAACCCAACAAAGAGCUCUCGUCCAUAUGGGCAUUGAUGCCACCACUGCCGCCAAAGCCAAAACCCUCUUUUCCCGGUCUUCCUCAGUCACUCAUAGACGGUACCAAUGGUGAAAAGAAAGGAUCUCAGUUCGCCAAAUUCAUAGCAGAGACACAAAACAUGUUCGGAAAGCCAGCCCCGUCUCAACGGGGCGAGCAAGAGAAACUUUCCAACGACGUUAUUCCCAGCAAAUUGUGACAAACGAACCGUUAAAAGACGAAUGACUGUCCGCUCUCUGGAGGAAUGAACCGGGAAGUCUGUGUUCUGUAACAUUAUGUGACAAUGGGAAAUUCCGGAUAAAGUUUGUAACUUAUGCUCGGAAAGAGCUCUAUUUGUUGCUGUUGCUGUUGCUGUUGCGGACAUGUUUAAAUUUUUUAGAACCGUUUCCUGAUUCUUAUUGUCCAUUUGGACCAUUUCGUGAAA